CCUGUCAGUCACAGUUUCUCCCCUUGCUUUUCUUUUGCUUACUGGGGCUUCCUUCUUUUGCCUUCCUUCCUUCCUUCAUUGCCUCCGGAGCUCGACAGCUCCGCAAUUGCGUUCUUCUGCCUCCCCCCGUCUCCUCUCUUCUUCUUCUUCUCCUCCUCCUCCUCCUCCUUCUCAUCCUCCUCGUCCUCUUCCUCCUCCGUCUUCACCGCUCGCCCGCUGGCUUCCUUCCUUCCUUCCUCCCUUCUGCUUCUGCUGCUCCUGCUGCCUUCGGUGUCUGCUUCCCAUUUCAUUCCGCCCGUCCUCUCGUCCUCUCGAGAUCGUCACGGAAGGCGUCCCGCAGUCCGGCCCUCGUCGUCUGUUGUCGAAUCGCACGACAGCGCAGAAGGGCUGGGGUGUGCGAAAGAGCGAGCUCUGGCGCGGAAAGGUUGCGGUUCGCGUGGGCAGGAGGAGAGCGUAGGGCGAGGGGCGCAGCGACAGAGGGAGAGAGCUCGAGGGAGGAAGAAAGAGACGAGAGAGACAGACGUGUGUGGGUGUGUUUGUGGGUCUGUUGUGCUUGGCGACGAGAAAGAUGAGGGUUUUCGCGGCGAACGAGGAAAGUAGAAGCCGGAGAAGAUGUUGCUUGUUGGAUGGCAGACGAGAAUGAUUGCCGGAAGAAAGAGGUCUUGUGUUCUCCAGUUUGUGGCCGGAGUGGCAGAGUAGGGCAGGCAGGGGACGGGGAUGCUAGAGCUGUCGUAGGCUACGGAAGCAGCGGCGCAGGUGGACGAGGACCGAGUCGAGGAGACCGGGGUAGCUGGUGUAGGCGGAAAAGGUUGUGGAUGGUUUUCAAGCCGCGAAGGGCCAGGGUAGCGCCACGGUUAGAGGAGGUUGCGCGUGGAGCAAUUUGACGACGAUGGGAUAGGUGGCAGGGGUUUUCCAUUAGUUUCGAGGAAAUGAAGGAAAGAUUGCUUGACGCCUGCCGUGGAGGACGAUUGUGCCGGUAGCUCUUCAGUGUUUCAGUAUGGAACUCUUUGUGCCACUUGAGCUCAGGAGGGGAAUGAAUAAUUGGUGCCGAGAGAUUGCGGAAGGAAGGUUUCCGGCCUUCGUCCUCGGGAAGCCACGGUGGAGGCGGGGGGAGUCGUGGAUUGCGAAGGCAAUCUUCGGACUCAGACCCUGUCGCUUGUAAAGCUAUCAAAAUUGCCAAUGAAUUGUACUGACUUCCAAACAUGUGGUCAUUGGUACUGCAGAAUUUCGAGUUUAUGGCAAGUUCUCAGAGUAUGUAGUCGAGGUGAUUAGCUUUGUGCAGCCCAUGAGAGGAGUGUAGCAGGGUUAUGAGGGCGAAGGCCCGGGAUUUAGAUACAAUGAUUCGGAGGGUGCGUCGCAAGACGGUUCAAGCUAGGGACAAGCCAAAUGUAGUGGGUGUUGAUCUUAAGGAUAACGCGAAGGAAGGACUCGAACCUACAGUGAUUGAUGAUAUAAACCUCUUGGAUGAAGAACAGGGUGCGGAUUGGAUCUCCAUUCCAGACGAUACGCUGGUAGGGUUGUUCGGUCUUUUGAACUACCGAGAUAGGGCGAGUUUAGCGUCUGUUUGCAAGACAUGGCGUCGACUCGCUGCUUCGUCUUGUUUGUGGACUUCAUUGGAUCUUCGAGCCCAUACUCUCGAUGCAGUUAUGGCAUCAUCGCUUGCCGGCAGAUGCAAGAACUUAAAGCGGCUAAGGUUCCGAGGAGCAGGUCCAGCGAGCGCAAUUGUCGGUCUAAAGGCCAGAGGUCUCCGAGAUCUGAGCGGAGAUGUUUGUCGGGAUCUAUCAGAUGCAACUUUAUCCAUGAUUGCUGCACGCCAUGAAUCGUUGGAGAGUUUACAGUUGGGCCCUGAUUGUGAAAGACUUACAAGUGAUGCCAUUCGUGUGGUGGCAGUUUGUUGUCCAAAAUUGAAGCGGUUGCGUCUUUCAGGACUUAGGGAUGUGGAUGGCGAUGCCAUUGGAUCCCUGGUGAAAAUGUGCCCCAACCUUAUCGAGUUAGGAUUUCUUGAUUGUUUAGCAGUUAAUGAAGGAGCUCUGGGCGCGGCCACUAGUCUAAGGUUCCUGUCUCUCGCGGGCAGUAGGAAUCUCUCUUGGAAUGUUGCAGCGCAUGUAUUGAGUAAGCUUCCAAACCUGUACGCGAUUGACCUGUCUCGCACUGAAGUCACUGCUGGAGCCGUCACGCGUUUGCUUGGAGCCCCUCAGCUGAAAGUGCUGUGUGCGCUCAGUUGCCCUACACUGGAGGAUAACAGUGACGCUGUGUCCAAAUUGAAGACGAAAAUUUUACUGGCCCGCUUUACAGAUUUUGUGAAGGAUCUCGAUUCUUUGUUCCCAAGAGCUUUUAGGUCUGAUACCCGAAGCUCAGUACGUGAAAAUGGAUGGAGCAGUUCUCCUUCUGCUUGGAGGCAAGGAUGGGCCGGGAGAGAGGAGGAUAGAAGCGGGGAAGUUAUGGAGUGGGUGGAAUGGGUUCUUUCCCAUGCUUUGCUCAAAAUUGCGGAAAGUAACGUACCUGGUUUAGAUAAUUUUUGGUUGAAGCAAGGAACGGAAGUAAUGCUCCGCCUCUUGAAAAGCAAACAAGAAGAUGUUCAAGAAAAAGGUGCCACAGCUUUAGCCACUUUCGUUGUUAUCGAUGACGAGAACGCCACAGUAGAUAAAGCAAGGGCGGAAGCCGUAAUGAAAGGAGGUGGCAUCGCAUCCUUGCUGGAUUUGGCUAAGUCUUGCCGUGAAGGAGUACAGGCAGAAGCCGCAAAGGCCAUCGCCAAUCUUUCUGUCAAUACCGAAGUUGCAAAGACAGUAGCUACAGAGGGUGGGAUCAGAAUUUUGGCUGCCCUUGCAAAAUCUCCCAAUCGCUGGGUCGCCGAGGAAGCCGCCGGAGGUCUGUGGAACUUGUCUGUUGGUGAAGAUCAUAAGGGUGCCAUAGCUGAGGCUGGGGCGAUUGAGGCCUUGGUCGAACUAGCCUUCAAAUGGCCCUCUGGUGGCGAAGGAGUCCUGGAGAGGGCAGCAGGUGCACUCGCAAACUUGGCAGCAGAUGACAAGUGCAGUACGGAAGUUGCAGGGGCCGGUGGUGUACACGCACUGGUUAUGCUAGCACGUUUCUGCAAGCACGAGGGUGUACAAGAGCAGGCGGCACGGGCAUUGGCCAACUUGGCUGCUCAUGGUGAUAGCAAUGGUAACAAUGCUGCUGUUGGGAAGGAAAUCGGCUCUCUAGAAGCAUUGGUGCAACUUACAUGUUCCAGUCACGAAGGAGUUAGGCAAGAGGCUGCGGGAGCGUUGUGGAAUUUGUCUUUUGAUGACCGAAAUCGAGAGGCAAUUGCCGCUGCUGGUGGUGUCGAGGCUUUGGUGGCUCUGGCCCAGAGCUGCAGUAGCGGAUCUCAAGGGUUACAAGAGAGGGCUGCAGGCGCCCUCUGGGGACUCUCUGUCUCAGAAGCUAACAGCAUUGCUAUUGGUCGUGAGGGUGGGGUAGCCCCAUUGAUUGCUUUGGCUCGAUCUGAUUCUGAGGAUGUUCAUGAGACAGCAGCAGGGGCUCUUUGGAAUCUGGCCUUCAAUCCAGGGAACGCUUUGAAGAUUGUCGAAGAGGAGGGAGUGCCUGCUUUAGUCCACUUAUGUUCUUCUUCACAGUCGAAGAUGGCUCGAUUCAUGGCUGCACUUGCCCUCGCCUACAUGUUUGAUGGCAGAAUGGAUGAGGUUGCGGCUGGGGUCGUGCUUUGCGAGAACAACGCCAGAGGUGGAGGUCUAGAUGGCGCGAGAAAGCUUGCCAUGCGGAACAUAGACACCUUCGUUCAAGCUUUUUCGGAUCAACCUACCCUUCAAGCAGCUACUGUAUCCUGGGCUCCUAGUUUCCUGGCAGCAGUCGCAGAAAGUGCCCGAAUCCAAGAAGCCGGACAUCUUCGAUGCAGUGGAGCUGAAGUGGGGAGAUUCGUGGCGAUGUUGAAAAAUGGGUCGGCGGUCUUACGUGGCUGUGCCGCAUUUGCACUUCUACAGUUUACGAUGCCUGGAGGUAGGCAUGCUAUGCAUCACGCAGGUCUUCUACAAAAGGCUGGUGCUGGGCGAGUCCUUCGAGCAGUUGCUGCCGCAGCGACAGCUCCUCUACAAGCGAAAGUUUUCUCACGGAUUGUCAUGCGAAAUCUGGAACUGUGUCCCUCGGAUACGCCACAGGCUUUCCCUUAGAUCUCACAGUUCUAUUGCAGUGGUUCAAGUUCCAUCGUGUCGUUCAUCCAGUAGGGGUGCACGUCCUCGCAACAGGAUACCAUUCCUCGGGGAUUCAACUAAGUAAACUUCCUCAUAGUAACUUAUGUCUUCUUGGAAUGUACAGUCAAAUGGGAAGUCGAGCCAUUAUUAGUUGAUGAACGAGAAUGGCAUAUCUUAUCACAGAGGACGGCUCAAGCUUAUCCCAAAGGAGUGGAGCUGUAAUUGUUAAAAUGAUUGUGUGUUUGGGGCAGCUUGCAAAUGGAGCAGCUGUAAGUGGUGCUGUAGAUUGUAGUAGGUAGGUAGUCGAGUCUUCAGACUUGCUAUGAGGUCGUAGCGGUCUAUAGCAUUCUUCACGCCAAGCCGGAGCUUCUCAUGCUUGACAGCUACAACAUAAUAUCGGCGGCCAAGUGUCAAAUUUAUGCUAUGCGCAAGUUGUCAAUAUUUUUUGGGCAAUCUUACUUUCUCUCUACCUAAUUAAGAUGGGUAAGGUUUGGUAAGCUUAGUGAGCUGUCUAAGGCUGCACGGUUUCAUACAACUUAGAUUCUAGAAAAGGCUAGAUUAGUCGGAAGUCCAUUUCUUAGAGAGAGACAGGAUAUAGUGCAAUCCGAAAGAUGUGAGCUGCAAUACAAAUUGCCGAUGCACAUUCAUAGUGGAUCAGGGUUACUAGAUACGUAGCAUUGAUGUCACAUUCUUGCAAAUUUGAGUCUCAAGAUCACGUGUCUAUCAGCGAGAGAUUUUCCAUUCCACGGAGUUUUCCUUGCAUUGAGAAUGAAUCGCUACUGGACUUGUAUCUGUUUCUCGUCAAAGUUAUGAUUGUUAUAAAAUAUAUGGCC